AUGGCGAAAGGAGAAAUGGAAGAACCGCUGAUUGAUUACAAAGAGAAUCCCCAGAAGAAUAGAAGUUCUAUCGAGGAUGAUUUCAAUUAUGGCAACAAUGUUCUUUCCUCCUCCGCCGAGAUCCAAAAGGGCUUCCUUCGUAAAGUCUAUGGAAUCCUCACCGUUCAGAUUCUGAUGACUAUCGGAGUCUCUGCGAUCUGCAUGGCCUUUGAUCCUGUCAAACUGUUCUUACAAGCAAAUCCGGCAAUUCCCGGCAUCUCCGGUCUUGCCUGUUUUGGCCUGCUCAUUGCUCUCAUGGUUCAUCGACGAAACUUUCCCACGAAUUUCAUUCUCCUCGGCGCCUUUACAUUCCUCGAAGCCAUCUCCAUCGCCACCGUGGUGACUUACUACCAAGCUACCGUUGUAAUCCGCGCUUGUCUCAUUACACUUUCCGUCUUUUGCCUCCUCACCAGUUUCACCCUCCAGAGCAAGAAAGAUUACUCUUCAUGGGGCGCUGCUCUCUUCUCCUUCCUCUGGAUUCUUAUGGGAGUCAGCCUCAUGCACAUUUUCUUCCCGACGGAGAUUCUCGAUUCAGUCAUUUCUUUUGGAGGCGCUGCUCUUUUCUCCCUGUUCAUCAUCUACGACACUCACCUGCUCAUGCGAAGACUUUCCGCCGAAGAGUAUAUCUUUGCCGCCAUCAAUCUCUAUCUCGACAUUCUCAACCUUUUCCUUCAUAUUCUCCGCAUUCUCGGAAACGAUCGCAAAUAA